UCAUCUGAAGGUUAAACUGAUUGGAGAUAAAAAAAAAAACGUAUAUAAAUUGAUUCUGAAGAGCAGAUCGAGUACAGUUAAUCAGCAUCCUGGACAACAUGAAGGUUAUCAUCUUUGCUCUUGUCUCCGUUUUGGCUAUAGUCGUCGCCGACGAUUGUGAGUGCACCAGAGAGUACAAUCCGGUUUGCGCGAACAAUGAAUUGACGUACGAAAACCCGUGUCUCUUGAGAUGCGCCCAGGAGACCGACGAUGCUCUCCAAUUCUUCUAUCCCGGUGAAUGCGGAUCACCCAAUUUCAAUUGUCCAUGCACCAGGGAGUACAGACCGUUUUGCGGUACCAACGAUUACACCUACGCAAACCCUUGCCUCUUCAGAUGCGCCAAGAAAACCUUCGAGUUCAUCGAGAUCGCGUACAAAGGAAAGUGCGGAAACCCGAGGACAACCAGCAAGUUUGAGUGUGGAUGCUCAUUCUUAUACAAUCCAGUCUGCGCCAGCAACGGAGUGACUUACAGCAACGAAUGCGAUCUGGAAUGCGACCAGAAACAUGACAAACAAGUUUCCCUAAUCCACAUAGGAGAAUGCGAAUAUGUAAACCAAAAAUAUACAAGAAUCAUCUAAUAAUGUUAAUUAAUAGAAUAAA